AUGGCAUCUGCUGUUGCACCACCAUCAUUACAAAGAACGAACAGCAAUGGAAAUUUAAAUGUGUAUCUAUUGAUUAAAAAUAAAAUCAAUGAUGAUUUAAUAAUAAUUUCUCAAGAUAAUUUACCACCAACAUUACGUAUUGGAAAAUUGAUCCUUAAUCAAAAAGUUACAAUUCGUGAUGAAGAACGUCGAAAUAUUGAAGGAGUGAUCAUCUAUAUGCAUCAUGAUCGGGAAAGCUGCGUAGCAAUGAAAAAUGAAUUAUUUAAUAAGACAAAGAAUGGAGAUAAACCACUAGAUAUAUCUAAUGCAAGUGAUUCAUAUACAUGUGCAUCAAAAAUUAUUGUUGGAAAUAAAAAUUCGAACAAAAUGAUAAAAAAGUCUUCACAACUAAAAGAAAAAAACAAAAUGAUUAAAUAUGACAAAAAUUCAACAUUAGCAUUGUCAACAUCAUUAUCACAUAAUUUAUAUGAUGAAAAAGAUAAUGAUGAAAAUGAUGGUGAUAUUACAUGUGAAUCAAAAAUUAUUGUUGGAAAUAAAAAUGCAAACAAAAUGAUGAAAAAGUCUUCACAGUUAAAACAAAAAACCAAAAUUACUGAAUAUGAAAGAAAUUCAACAUUAAAAUCGUCACCAUCAUCAUCAAAUAAUUUAUAUAUUGAUGAAAAGGAUGACGAAGAUGAUGAUGAUAUUACAUGUGCGCCAAAAAUUAUUGUUGGAAAUAAAAAUUCAAACAAGAUGAUAAACAAGCCUUUACAGCUAAAAGAAAAAACCAAAAUUAUUGAAUUUGACAAAGAUUCAACAUUAAAAUCAUCAUCAACAUCAUCAAAUAAUUUAUAUAUUGAUGAAAAGGAUGACGAAGAUGAUGAUGAUAUUACAUGUGCUAGUAUGGAAUAUUCUUUAUUAUCAAUGGGCAAAACAAAUCAAAAUAAUGAAACAAAUACAAAUUUGGAUGAUACAGUUGAAACAUCAUCGAUAAUGGAAGAAAAUGAUGAUAACAACGUUUAUUUAGAACAAAUCAAAGAUUUAACUUUUAAAGUGAAGCAACAAGCACAAAUGAUUAAACAACAGAAAGCUCAAAUUCAACGAUUGAUUUUAACCACGAUUGAAAUUCCAAAAGAUCAAGACGCCCAAAAGUAUAUUUUAUGCCUUGGCGACAAAAUUCGACAACAAACAACUAAGUACAAAUAUCAAGGAAGUUUAGUAAACGAUGCCAAGAAAUUAGGAUUAAAUCAUUAUGAAUUAAAUGAAAUAUUAGCAUUAAAAUCUGGAAUUACACGUAUUGCUCGUGUUCUUUUUCAAAAGAUUGUUUCGAAAGAAUAUCUACAAGUGGAUUGUUGGAACGACUUAGAUCCUUAUGUAUUAGUUAAAGAAAAAAUUUUAAUGAAAUUUUUGGAACGUUACUAUGGUCCACUUCAGAUGAGACCACGAGUAACUUUUAUACACAGGCAAGAAACAGUUAAAAGGAAAAAUCAUGCACACUGGGUAGCUAAUAAAUGUCAAAUAUCACUCAAGAGAAUGCAGAAAAAGGUCAAUGUGAAAAGAUUACAAAAACGAAACUUCAAUCAUGGUGAAUUAACAGAUCUGAAAAUAAACGAUAUAUUUGCUUGCUUAUCAAGUGAUGAAAAAACAAAUAAUGAAGCUGCUGAAGAAUUUGAUAAUACAACAUUUGAUAGUGAUUUUGAAAAUGAAUAUUUUGGUGAUAUUGAUGAGGAAAAUGUUAUUCAUGAUAGUGAAGAUGAAAAUGGAGAAGAUUUCGAGGAAAACGAAAUGAUUGAAGAAGAAUUGUGUGAAAAACAAAUAAAAUUUGGUAACGAGUUUUUCAAUAUGGAAAGCUCGACAAUGUCGACUCGUGACUAUGAUGAAAUAGUGAGUAAUAAAAUUUAUGAAAAAACCUAUCUCUUUCUCUCAUUAUUUACUCAUUCAAACUAA